AAAAUGACACGCGUCUACAUUGUCUAUUAUUCAAAAUUCACAAAAGCAUGACGGCGAGAACCUCUUCGAAAAUAUUCGCAAUCAAUUAAAUUAAACAGCCCACUCGAUAGAGCGACGGCUACGUUGUUUAUUCGUGAUACUAAACACAUUGGUGAUCAGGCAUGAUGGUGGAAGGUUCAGCAUUUACACGGAGCGAUGUGUUCCAAAUGGCUAUACGCGUCGCAUUUGUGUCGGCGGUGACUUAUUUCUCUAUAAAGUGGCUAGUGAACCAGAUAGACCCCACGUCGAAGAGUCGGAAGAAGGCCGAGGAGCGCGCGCGAGAACAGUUACGCAAGGUGUCUUGCAGAGCGGGCCUCGGCGGCAAACACUCCCUGGCGCUGGACAAGCUCACCGACCAUGAGAUGAUUAUCGCCUCGCAGCUGGUUGUGCCUGAUGAGAUCAAUGUGAACUGGAAGGACAUCGCCGGACUAGACCACCUGAUCCAGGAGCUGCGCGAGACAGUCAUCCUGCCGAUACAAAAGCGGGACCUCUUCGCGGACAGCCGACUUACGCAGCCACCUAAAGGAGUACUUCUACAUGGACCGCCUGGCUGCGGCAAAACUCUUAUAGCGAAGGCAACAGCCAAGGAGGCGAACAUGAGCUUCAUCAACCUGGACGUGUCCCUGCUCACGGACAAGUGGUACGGCGAGACGCAGAAGCUGGCCGCCGCCGUGUUCAGCCUGGCGGUCAAGUUGCAGCCCUGCAUUGUUUUUAUUGACGAGAUCGAGUCGUUCCUGCGCACGCGCACGCAGCACGACCACGAGGCGACCGCCAUGAUGAAGACGCAGUUCAUGUCGCUGUGGGACGGACUCAUCACCGACCCAUCCUGCACGGUCAUCAUCAUGGGGGCUACGAAUCGUCCGCAAGACCUGGACAAGGCGAUCCAGCGCCGCAUGCCGGCCACGUUCCACGUGCCGAUGCCGAGCGACACGCAGCGCGAGCGCAUCCUGCAUCUCAUACUCAAGUCGGAGCCCGUCGCACCUGACAUCGACUACAAGCGUCUGGCGGCGUCGACGGAGGGCUUCUCCGGGUCGGACCUCCACGAGCUGUGCCGCCAGGCCGCCGUGUACCGCGUGCGGGACCUCGCCAGGGACGAGAUGGCGCGCGAGAUGAACCAGAACAAAACAAACAACACAGACUCAGACGACGAGUUUGUGGACGCCGUCCGGCCCAUCACGAUGGAGGACCUCCGCCUCUCGCUCAACAAACUCAAGGAGUCCAAGGUCCAGUGCGGGUCCCUCGCGCCGAGCAUGCGGAUAGAACUCGACUAGCUGUUAAUGUAAGGUACUCUGUGGGUACCUUAAUGCACCAAAAGGUACUGUGUAAGGUACCUCAUUCGGUCGUACUUGUAAUUAUUUAUUGGGUUGUGUUAAAGUACUGUUAGGUACCUCGGUAGGUAGUUUGGGUACUAAUUACCGAGGUACGUUAACCGGUACUAAUUUGCCUACGUUUAAAAGGUAUCUUGUUAAAUAUUUCAUACUCACCUUAAAGGUAACAAAGAUCUAUUCAAAGUUUACUAACGGAAAAGGUACAAAAGAACAGAGUACCUUGAUAACUAAUCUGAUAGGUACCAAUGAGGUACCUUACUUAGUAAUACUAAUGAAAGAGGUACUAAUCAACCUAAAAGUACCUGAUAUAAUAGAAUUGAUUUUUGCUAGAUGUACGAAGAUAAUGGAUUUGGGUAAAAAUAUAGCUGGUUGUUUAGCCUUGGAAUUGUUUUUAGGCACCAUCUCUUGGUUCCUACCUCUAUCCUGGUGCAUUAGCUUUGAUUUAAGGUCCCAUUAAAUUAUGGGGAUUCUAAUGUCAGGGUAUCAUAAUGAAACACUAUUAUUCAUUAGUAUAAUUAAAUUUGUAGUACCCAUACUUUUCACAUAGUUAUGUCCUCUAACUUAACAAAUAUAAAAGUUGAUUAGUCUAUCGACAAAUCGACCAACAGAUCCGUAAUGUGCGGGACGCAUUCAAACAUACAAAUGAUCGAUUCGUUCUACCUAUAAUUUUUAUCCAAACCCAUUAUGACCGUUAUACUUAAUGUAAUAGAGUCCACGGAAUGCAUUUGACUUAGUCUCCAGCAUUUCCUAAGUUGAUUCUAGUCUACACCGACUAUACACAGUUAAAUUACAAAUAGAAAGAAUAGUAUGCCAUUAGUAAAGCAAGCUACCGAACAUACGAGAAAUCGUUACGAUUAAAAUAUACACUUUGAACUACACCAUUCUUGGACCUAUAAGUCAAAGAAAAUCGUACUGAAGUGUAUUUUAUCACAAACGUAACGAUUUGUCGGUACGAUUUUUACUGUAUUGCUAGAUCGUAUUGUAUCGGAACUUGUGUGUCGUAUUACAUGAUGACGGACUCAAAAUCAUAUAAACACAAUGAUUUCCUUUACUUUAUACAUAGUUGAUAAAUUUAUUGUUACCAGUUAAUAAUAUCUGUGGAGUAUUUGAUCAUUAGAUUAAAAUAAGACAAAAAUUUAAUUUAGUCAGUGUUCAAGCCAGAACAAUAAUUAAAAUUAACUAUUUUACGCUGUUCUUCAAAAGUCGAUAGCAUUUUGUAGCAAUAUUUCAAAUAUAUACGCUUUUUGGAAUUCAAUAGUAGAUUCCCGUGGCUUUUAAGUCAAGCAAAAUUGAGGCGAAUUUUGUUUAACAGAACUUGAAUUACUAUUACUGACAUCAUUUACCUACAAAAAUGAUUAUCAUAUUAAAAUAAAAAUAACUAUUUUCAUGGUCAAAUACUCUUAUGUGAACAUAGAAUGAUAGUUUUCCUUUUGCCAGAUUUUACAUUACUUGGGGGUUAGGGAAGUUCUACAGUAGAAUAUAUAUUAUAAAACAUGUUAUAUUUGGUACUGAAAGAGUCGAUAAAUUGAUGUGGUGAAUACAGUAGUGGAAAACUUAACACUAAUUUAAUACCAGCUCUGUAUUAUAUACUCCACUGCUGGGCAUGGGCCUCUGUACUACAGAGAGGGUUAGGCCUCAGUCCACUACGCUGGCCUGAUUCGGUUGGCAGAGAUGUAUCUAAUAAUUUUAAUUAAAUUACCUAAACACGGAAACUGGUCUUUCAGAAUGUUCUUGUCUCUGUAAAAAUAUUCUCAUAGAAAAUAAUAUUUGCCAAUUAUAUCGAAAUAAACUUCGAUUUAUAUAGUGUAAUUAUCCUGUCAUAUAACAGUAAUGUAUAGAAGAAAAAAAACUAUCCUAAAAUAAUUAUAGAAAAAUCGUGCUUGAAUCAUCAACUAAACAAUCGAUUAGGUCUUAAUGUUUAUCCCUUUUCAAUAAAUAAAUAAUUCGAAAUAAAAUUAGCUAUAUCGAAUUUACCUUUUGUUACUGCAUUCACCACACACGACUUUAAAAUUCUGACGUCACAUGCCAAUGCAGACACCAUUACGUACAUAUGAAUCGAAAUAAUCUUCGUCCUUUUCUCACAACAUGAAACACGCUAUAUGUGAAAGAGAUAGAACAUAUUUAUCGUGUUAAAGUAGAUGAAUUAUAUCGAUAUUGUCGUUUUGACUUUAAAUAAAUGUUUAUUAAAUUUAUCAAAUUAUAUAUAACAUUUCUAAGGAUUCUUGCUGUAUGUGUGUUCAGGUCGAUGGAACUUUUCGAUAGUCAUAAUUUAGGCAAGAAUAUGUUGAUGGACAGGCAAGGUUAACAUGGUAAAAUCAAAACUUUCUUAUUGGAAUCGAUAUAAAAAAAUAUAAUGCUAUUGUGAUUAACUGUUAUACAACGAAAUCAUUAGACACCGAAUAUUGUGAUGUCCAAUUCGCCGGCUAUAUUCUUUAAAUGGAAACCCAACAUUGCAUGCACACAGCUUGGCGGUAAAAAUAGACAUUGGCGGUCCUUACAUACUAGAUGACACCAGCAUGCUCGAAAAUUUGAUCUCGCACUGAAUACACAGAUGGCAAAAAUACUAUACUUUGAAAUUAAAGUGUAUAUGUGAUUCGAUAUGAUAUUAGAUAUGAUGUUCAUAAGGCAUUUUUGUCCUAUAGGGCUUAAAGAAGUCUAGAUUUAAAAUCUAUAUGUAUGUGUAUUGUAUAUGUGAGAAAUUAUGUGUUGUUGGUACAUGCUAUAAAUUUUAUUGAUGAGGUAUUGGCGUGUUGAUAGUGUGUAAAAUUAUAUGUUGCAUUGUCGAUCAUUAGUAAUACAAGGUUUUGGUGCAAACGUUCGAAAAUAAUAAAUGAGUAGGGUUGUGCUAUUGUAGUGUUUUUAUCGAUAAAUAUGAUUGUUUGCUAUUAGUAAUUGGCUUUAAAAAUGAAUAAAAUUUAGGUGUGUUUGUUGCUUUAAAGCUUUUUCUAGUUUUAAUUUAUGAUCGACAAUGCAACAUGUAAGUUAUGCCUAUAUGUUUUCAAUAUUAGGUGUGUGACUCAAUAGAAUAAAUCUCUUAAAUGACAUUCGCAAGAUAUAGUUUAUGAGUCUACAAUUUUUUUUAAGUUUUAGUAUGUUUUUAUUGCUGAGUUAUUUUUUUUUCAUUUAUCUAAGUCUGAGUUUCUUCAAACACUGUCUACUCAUAAAGCAUUGAUAAUUGUCUGCAACUUACACAUUGUGAUCUCAACAACCAUACCUUGCGAUUGCUAUGAGUGUGUGCAUUUCAUUAGGCUGUAACUAUAUUUUGUAUCGUAUAUGUUGCAAGGUGCGGGCUGUGUCAGUUAAAUUGUUAUAGUUUUGUAGUUUUCGCUUUGAAUUUAUCGAUAUUGUAACAUAUUGGUAGAAUUAUAUAAUUGAUUAAUCGAUGAAAUGGUGAAUGCAUAUCGAUAUUAUUGUUUAAAAAAAUCGAAUGUGGAUAAGACUUUGUUAUGCCAUGUUUUGCUAUGUCAACUUUUAUAGAUUUUCACAUUUAAAUAAAGUUUAGCAGCCUUUAUAUUUCUAGACGUAUAGCCCACGAACAAAACUGACUAUGCGCAAUUUUUUUUUUGUAGAUAUUAUUCGGCCCCACAAUUCGCAUAUUAUAUUUGUGUUCUAUGGUGCAGUCAUGUUCUAAUCUGGUAAAAAGGUGGUUUUAAAUCGGAAUGGGUCCAAACAUUACUUCAUUUGGCCCCCUUUUAGCCAGCUUAUCUGCUAAGUCGUUUCCUAUAGACCUCUGCCUCCCGUAUUCUGCCGUGUUACAAUAUCGACGUCUCGAGUUUUGCACAAAGUUUGGGGUAUCAAAGGAUAUAAAUUAGACAUAGAUGUAGAUAUGCUGUAAAUAUUGUACGUGUGUGCGUUGGCAAUGCUGUUAUGCAAAAUGAUUGGAAUUGUAUAUCGGGUUUGGAUAUUGUGUUAUAGAUGAUUUAUAAGUUUUCUUGUUUCUUUAAUCGAUAUUCUUGUUGUUGCUGGCGUCGACUAAAGUAGAAUCGGAGCGCGCCGAAUCGAUUCACAAGUACGCGCGGUAAUGCGGCGUGUUUCUAAUGGGUGAUGUAUAUUGCAACUAAUGCGAUUUUGUAUGAUUCGACUAUGACAGUCUAGUCGAAGCUAACCAUAAUAGUGUUCUCGUUAAUCGAUUCUUGGAACUCGGUAUGUUUAAACAUGUUAUCGAUACAUCCGUUUUUAAUGCACGAUCCUAAUCUUAAUCUUCGAUCCGAUCUCGAAAAUAAAGCAAACAAAUAGUCAUUUGUAAUCAUGUUAAUAAAAAUCAUUUUUCUCCGUUCCAUUUUCGCGAUGACCAGAAAAAAGGAUUGGGAUAGUUUAUUGAAAACGGCGGUUACUGAUUUGUUAAAAUAGUUCACACUAAAGAGGUUUAUGCGAAUGAAGUGAUUGUACCAGUAUGUAUUUCAGAGUUUAAUGUAAUUACAACUUUUGCAUACAAAACUUACUUAAAUAUUAUUUGUAUAUCUGUGACCAUUGACAAAUCUGCGGUCGGAGUUAACAAUUUGGAAAUGCAAAAGUUUAAUUAUAUUUUUAACGAUAUUUUCCUUUCCAUCUAUCAUUGAAGUAUUCUCGUGUGUUCGACAUUUUAUCGAAUAAUGCAAAUUUAUAGAACAAUCUUUUAUUACUUUCUAUGCUGUUCCUCCUUCAGGAAAAGAUAAAAUAAUGUCAUCGUUUGAAAAAAGAUUCAAUCAAUUUAAUUCCAUAAGUCAUGAAGCAGAAAUUCUUAGAAAACACUUCAAUAAACGAGUACUUCUUGUUCACGUCAUGAAAUUUAUACAUUCUAAUCAUAUAAAAAACCCCGGGGAAUUUAACACUCAUAUUUAUUACAAGCUUUAAAUACAUUACUGAUUUGAAAUCUUUGUUUUCAAAUGCAAUAUAUGACUUAUGUUGAGAUAUUUUCACCCGACUACGAAAA